AUGGCGGCGGGUCCCUUCGCGCUCCGCCUAGGGCCGCGCCUCGCGGCGCCGACGGUGGCGAGUGCGACGAGGGGAGGAGGACGAGGAAGUGGCCACCCUACGACCAGCCGAGCGCUGGUGUCAAAGAAGCCAAACAAGGACCACCGUUUGUGGAUUAGGAAGGAUUCGGCUGGGUCAGGGAAGAAGGCUCUUUGUCUUGUUAAUACUGUUUCAAAACUACCGAAUGAAAAAGAAGCUGUUUAUGGUGCAUUGGAUAGGUGGACUGCUUUUGAGUCUGAAUUUCCUAUUAUAGCAGCGGCUAAAGCUUUGGAGAUGUUGAAAAAGCUAAGAAAAUGGCUACAGAUUAUCCAGGUAACCAAGUGGCUGAUGAGUAAAGGUCAGGUGCUGACAUGGACAACGUACGAUACACUGCUGUUGGCUCUUUCUAUGGAUGGAAGAGUAGAUGAGGCUGAGUCAAUUUGGAAUACUAUCUUACAAACUUAUACACGCUCAGUGCCCAAGAAGUUGUUCUCUCGGAUGAUCCAGAUUUACAACACGCGCCAUCUUCCAGACAAAGUUUUGGAGAUAUAUGCUGACAUGGAAGAAUUGGGCGUGCGUCCAGACGAGGAUACAACAAGAAGAAUCGGACGAGCAUUUGCAACUUCAGGCCAGGAAGAUAAGCAGAAGCCUGUCCUUGAAAAAUACUUGAAGAAGUGGAAGUACAUCCAUUUCAACGGCGAGCGUGUUCGGGUGCGGAGGGCAGGACCUUUGGCCUAG